AUAUUCAAUUAAAGCGCUUGCAUUGAGCAACAUCGAUCCGAAGUCUGGAAUAAUGAGUUUGUGCAUAAUUGGGGCUGGCACCGCUGGACUUUGCUGUGCUCGGCGUGCACUUGAGAAUAAUCAAAUUCCGACAGUUUUUGAACUUUCAAAUCAAAUCGGUGGCACAUGGAUUUAUAACGAGAAUACUGGAACAAUCAAUGGCAUCGACGUGCACAGCAGUAUGUAUGAGAAUUUGCGCACUAAUUUACCCAAGGAGGUGAUGGGAUUUCCGGAUUUUGAGAUCGGCGCGAACAUAGAUUCCUAUAUAUCAUCUCAAGACAUUUGCUUGUUCUUGAAUCGUUAUGCUGAUCAUUUCGAGUUGAGAAAAUAUAUAAUUUUCCAAUCCUAUGUAUUGCGGGUCUUGAAGAAGAAGGAUAAAUGGCAAGUCCUUGUCAAGAAUCUCUUGACAAAUGUUAUGAAAUAUUAUUAUUUUGAUAAAAUAAUCAUAGCAAAUGGGCAUUAUCAUACUCCGAAUUAUAUACAAAUCCCGAAUGCGAAUCUGUUUAAAGGCGAAUACAUGCACAGCCAUGAUUAUCGAAAAAGCGACGUUUUCCAAGGCAAGCGCGUUUUGGUGAUUGGCGGCGGACCAAGUGCCUUGGACUUAUCGAAUAUCAUAUCGAAGGCGGCAAAGGAAGUUACUCUUAGCCACCAUUUGGAGGGUAUUUCGAAUUCGAUAUUCCUUGAAAAUGUCACGACUAAACCGGAUGUCAGGGAGUUGAACGAGAAUGGCGCAUAUUUUGUGGAUGGAUCCUACAAGGAAUUCGAUACGAUUUUCUACUGCACCGGCUAUAAGUAUUCCUUUCCGUUUCUCAGCAUUAAUGCAGGCAUCUAUGUCGAGGACAAUUGGGUGCAAAUGCUCUAUAAGCAGUGCAUCAAUAUACGAAAUCCCUCAAUGGCGCUGAUUGGUUUGCCAUUCUAUGUGUGCGCCGCGCAGAUGAUGGAUCUGCAGGCACGCUUUGUCUACAGCUACUUCUAUGGCAAAAAUCAAUUGCCGUCAGCAAAGGAAAUGACCGAGGAAACAGUGAACAAGGUGAAAAGUCUAUUGGCCCAGGGCUUUAAAAAGCGACAGGCACAUAUGCUAGGCAAUAAUCAGAUGCAAUAUUUCACAGAAUUGGCGAAUGCAGCGCAGAUUGAGAACAUUAAACCAGUUAUGGCAAAAUUACAUUGUGAGAGCAGCAAUUUAUUCAAUGAGAACUUGCUGCACUUUCGAGAGGACAUUUUCAAGAUAAUUGACUCUGAAACGUUCGUUAAAGUUAACUGA